AUGUAUAGAAAAAAUGAGACUUUUUCUUUCAAUUUUAACUAUGUUCCUUCAUUAUUGAUGCAUUAUUCUUUCUUCUAUAUCGCAUGUUCUUUUAUAUUAGUACCUGAGAGUUUGAAGAACAAUGAAGAUGCUUUGAACAAAAGCAGCGAAAAAGGAACACCAAUCCCUAAUCGAGAAGAACAAGAUUUUGAGACCCCAAAAGUUCCUGUAGCGGAUUCCCAGGGUGAUGUGAUUACUCCAUCAGUCUAUCUGAGAGAUGAAGAGGAUGUUCCAACAAAAACACAAAAAGAUGAAGAGGAUGUUCCAACUACAAGUCAAAUCCCUGCCACAAUGAGGAUGAAGAGAAUCAAGAAUGUCCCUAUAGUGUUACGGUCACCGUUUUUAAUUCAGUAUUCACAUUUACUUGAGGCUAGUGACAAACUAAGCCAAGAGGAAAAGGAUUUGAAAUGCAUUCUUGAUUAUGCAAUUGGAGAGGGUGAUCCUAGUUAA